AUGGUUAUAUCGAUAGACCUGACGAGGAACAAGAUCAAGAACAUCGAAAGUGGGACCUUUAAACACCUGUUGAAUCUCCUGAUGCUGAUCUUGAGCCACAAUGACAUCACGACGUUAGCCAAAGGGGCUUUUCAGGGCCUAAGGAAUCUCAGAGUGCUGAAUUUGGAAGGAAACCAGAUAAAGAUACUGCACUCUUCGGCGUUCCAUGGACUGAGAGCUCUGCCUACGCUAGACCUGAGUAACCAGAAGUUAGAACACGUAACCCCGCGUGCAUUUUACGGACUCAGAAGUCUUAAGACGUUAUUGAUCUCGGGGAACCAGCUGAAGACCCUGGAUGAUGCCGUCUUCUCCGGUUUAAAAGAGCUUCAGAAACUGGAUCUUCACAAUAAUAAGCUAGAAAAUAUACACGAGAGAGUUUUCCAAGGCCUACAUCAUCUCGAACACUUAUCCACCGACGACCGCCGCUGGUGCUGCCUCGCGCCCCACGUCGACGAGUGUCUGCCGGCCGCUGACGAAUUUUCUUCUUGCGAGGACCUCAUGUCGAACCUGGUCCUGCGAGUGUGCAUCUGGAUCCUGGGCUUCGUAGCGCUCGUCGGCAACUCCUUCGUCAUCAUCUGGAGGAGUAUCCAUUCGAGCGGGAACAAGAUGCACUCCUUCCUCAUCGUAAACCUCGGCCUGGGUGACCUCAUGAUGGGCGUGUACCUCCUGAUCGUGGCCGUGGUGGACCUGCAGUACCGGGGUGUCUACGUCGCCUACGAGCACGCCUGGCGCACGUCCUUCCUCUGUCAGCUGGCCGGCUUUAUCAGCACUUUCUCGUCGGAGCUUUCGGUGUUCACGCUGACGGUGAUCACCGUCGACCGCCUCAUCGUCAUCAAGUUCCCCUUCGGACUGCGCAGACUGGAGGGCAGUGUGACCCGGAUGGUGAUGGUCUUCGUGUGGCUGGUGGUGAUCCUGCUGGCCGCCCUUCCCCUCAGCAGUCUCGAGUACUUUGAUAACUUCUACGGCAGGUCCGGGGUCUGUCUGGCCCUCCAUAUAACGAACGAGAAGCCGAAUGGGUGGGAAUAUGCGGUCUUUAUCUUCUUGGUCCUCAACCUCCUGUCCUUCGGGGUGAUCGCCAUCAGCUACGCCCUCAUGUACAUCGUGGCCCGAGACACCCACUCGGCCGCCUACGCGAGUCCCGAGGCCCGACUGAGCGACAGCGGCAUGGCCACGCGCAUGACCCUCAUCGUGGCCACCGACGCCGCGUGCUGGCUGCCCAUCAUCUUCCUCGGCAUCGCCUCGCUUUGCGGCAUGGCCAUCCCGCCUAAGGUCUUCUCAUGGAUCGCCGUUUUCGUCCUGCCACUCAACGCCGCCAUUAACCCGGUCCUGUACACGCUCUCAACCACGCCGGUCCGGAAACGCCUACGUCACCUAUUUCGCUCGUUCACAAGUACGUUUUGGGACAGGCGCUCCAAUUCUUGCAGCAGUGUCUCAGGGUCACGCUGGCCGUCCUUCAAAAGUAGGCUGGCGACGGACCUGACCGACUUCCCCAACAUGGGCGAGAGUUUCCGCAUCCAGAACCCACCGGGAGAGAGCCUGCAGCUGAACAGUAAGCCUUCCAUCGUGUACAGGCCCACCUUGGCCUUUACGCCCGAGUCAGGCCACUUCAUCAACCAGUGUGAACCCGACGUCUGUGGGAUAAGCCCCUGCGACAGCCCUACCGACGGCACUGUGGUGGUGAACGGCGGGGAGGACGCGAGGCUCCCUCUGUGCACGCAGCAGGAGGCGCUCGAACCCGGCAGAGACGAGAAGGAAGGAAGGGCGGAGGAGCUCGUGCCUCUGGAGGAGCUCACGGCGUCUCUCCAGGGCGCCAAGAAGUCCUACGGGAAGCUAAACCGGAGAAAAAACCUUUCGAAUCAUAGAUAUGACUGAAGUGCUGCGUUUGAGAGUAGCGGCGAGCGGUGUAAAAGGAUGUGUUUAUUCAUUAUUACCAUCGUGAUUACCAUUGAUGUUGUUACUGUUCUAUCAUUGUUAGGAUUAAGUAAAACCAUUGUCAUUUUCAUUUACUAAUGUUUGUGAUUUAUAAUUGUGAUUUUUAAUAAUGGUAGUAAUGGUCAUUUUUGCUAUUGUAUUCAUUCAGAAUUUUGGAUUAUUGAUAAGAGUAAAUAGAAAAUUAAAACAAUAAUUACCAAGAAUUUUGCAUAUUUGAUUAUCAUCGGUAACAUUUCAGCAUUAUUAUGGUUAUUAGCAUUAUUUUAUAAUAAUUAUUGUAUUGUUUAUUAUUGAUAUACUUGUUAUUAUUUUUGUUAAUCAUUACCAUUAUAAUUAGUAUCAGUAUUUUCUAUUUGUAUGUAUGUUUGCUAUGGAUUUUCUAUUCCGUAUUGGUAUUGUAAUUAUCAUUGUCAUCGGCAUCAUCAUUAUCAAUAUCAUCUCCAUUAUCAUUAAAACCAUAUUUACACGUUUAUAAGCUGCAUUUUUCCAAAGAAAUUUCCAAGAGCAUUGCUUACAGCGCCACAUCAGGGGUCAACCGUGCUAAUAUUAUAAACAUUCUAAAUCUGUGACCACUUUCCAAGAGUGCUGUCUGUUGACCCUUUUCAUGAUUAUAUUACCAUAUAAUACAUGGUAUCAAAUCAUUUAGUCUUAUGUAUUAAUUUUUCGUCAUAUACAAAUUUUGUUUUUGUAUGACUAGACAUUGGAAGGUAAAUUGUAUAUUUUUCCAAGUAUUGUGACAUAUUUGCGGCUAACAUCCACCUGGGUGGUGGAAAUCAAGAGGACUUGCAAGUGCUCCAGAUACAUUAUUAUACAUGCAGAAAGGAACUCCAAAACUUAUUCAAAAAUUAUUAAUAAAAAGGAUAGGCAGUGAAGUUAUCACUCUCAAUGAAAAGAUCAGAAUUGCUGCUAUUGUUGUGUAUUAAGUAUUGAUAUUUAUCAAACCUUUCGAAAUUAAGAAUAAUUUGCAUAAUGCAGAGAUCUGUGACGACGCACAUAAUUAAUCUACCAGGACUGUUAUGCAGAGAAUAUUAGCGUAAUACGCUAUUCAAUAAAAUACUUUUACUUAAUUGUAAGGGAAACUUUUCCCUGUAAAAAUUAUAACCAUUAACAAUCCUAGCAUUAUUUGUUAGGAAAAUUAUUUCAAUAAUUUGACUGAAGACCUUACGGUAAGUUCAACACAAUAGCCAUACUAGUGGCAAUUAUAUGUGCAAAUACAAUUGUCAAUACGAAAGCCUAAAAAAAAGGUAUACCCACACUGAAAAAGAAAAAUUAAAUGAGUUGAUGCUAUUAGGGAUAAGCAUUAUGCUCUUGAUGAGUAGUGAUUCUAGCAUGGAAAGUGGAUUUUACAAAAGGGAAUCAAUUACGUAGAAUAUAAACAGGUCACAGGGUCUAAUGCUCUUACCUAGGUCGGUUUAUAAGCAUGUAAAUAUAACAGUACCACAAGUCUUACUAUUACUAUUCCUCCUUUUCUAAUCUCAUGCCAAGGAACUAGGUUCAUGGCAAGUGCUCAAUAUUGGGUUUGUGACCUAACAUUCCAUACAAUUCCAAAUCUAAUUGUAAUAGACUUAAAUAGUAUACGUUUAAAUGUACUUUGUCUGUGUAUCCAGUUUGUAUCUGGGAAAUGUUGAUAGUAAGUACAAUUGUAUUGGUCUGAUUGGUACGCGAGAGUGAAAAAAAAAUAUAUAUGUAAAUAACAAAUUGAUAAUAAUAAUGUUGUGUUAAGAUAAGAGGGAAAAUGUGAUACAUGUAUCUGUGACUAAGCGGUUUGCAUAACAUCCAUAUCCAGUCAUACAUAUAAAAUAACGUUAUCACUGUCACUUCUGAAUUUCACUAUUUCAUCUAUCACUUUCGGACCAUGACUGUUUUUUCUACCUAAGAUUAGGUGAUUUUGUUUCCCAUGGAAGCUCCCUCAAACUAAAAAUCAAAAAGAAGGUACAAAUAAUAUUUGACUAUACUUAUACUCAAGAGAAGAUUCUGUAUGCAUUUAAUGAGUCUUUUUUUCCUUAAUGUGUUCACUUGGUCACAUGGUUGUAUCGACAUACUCGGUAAGUGUUCACAUGUAUUUUUUUGUGUAAACUAUUUCUGGAAAUAAAAUGAGGAUGUAGUGUU